GAAGAUGAAAAUGUCUCUGUCACAAAACCGGGACCAAACUGGAGAAGAUCACAGACCAUCUCCCAGCCCUGCUACUUGUGCAAGGACUGUGACUGGGUAACCAGGAUUUUGUGCUUAUCCUUGAAGCCUAGUGACAAGCCUUCCCACCACUGCUCCAUCAUGUGGCAUCCAGCCUCAUGGACACCACGUGCCCAGUGGUCACCCAAGCACUUAAAGCUGGUCACUGUCUACAUGCUGGUGCUCUUGGUAUCGCUCAGCUUUGCUUCAGGACAGAGCAGGCCACUUAAACAUCAGAUAGACAACAGAAGUCCUGAGAUCGACCCGUUUUGGUACGUGGGCCGUGGUGUUCGCCCCAUAGGUCGGUUUGGGAAGAGGCAGCUGAGGAGCAGCCGGGGCAGCCCGAGGCCUGCGAGCAGGCACCUGGAUUUCGUCUUGAACGCUUUGUGGGAGCACAAAGUGUCGGACACAGAAGACAAGGACUGGUGACCUCUUUUCCCCGCGGUGGUGACACAACCUCUGCUCUUUGAAUUGCCUCCAGUUCUGCUUUUGCCCGGCAAUCCCACGCUGCUCUUCUUUUUGCUCCUUGUGCAAGUUCCUUCAGAAAGAAACAUGUUCAGGGUGCAGGUAAAAGACAAUGCAUGGACACUAGCACCGAGUGCCACCGUAGCUUAUAAAAAUGUUUCUUCAUCUUACGUCCCUACCAAUCCCUUGAUGCUGUUCGCUGUAACGUUAGGUUUAUCCAAAAACCACACAGCUUUUGUGCUGGGAUUUAAACACUGCAGUGUGAAGUGUA